CCUGAACUGUGCACUAUAAGCACGAGGACGAGCGACGAGAUACCGCAUAUCUCGUCUUAGCAUGGCGCGCAUUUACAGAAAAACGGUAAUGGGGACUCCCCUCCACCACCACCAAUGUGCAGCCUGGAUGAUGUGAUGGCAGCCAUAGUGCUCCUCAACGCUCACAUCAUAUAAGCUAUCAGUGGGGAGAAGAGCAGAGUAAUGAAACCAAUUCAUAGAUGGGGAUUAUUAGGAGGCCAUGAUUGGACGGGGAAAAAAGAUGAUAAACGAUUCUGCAAAAUCACGGUUCAACCAUCUCCUCCAGCCCAUCAGAGACCUGAGCAAGAACUGGGAAGUCAAUGUGGCUGCUGAGUUGGAGGAAUAUCUGGAUGAGUUGGAUCAGAUCCCAAUUUCUUUUGAUGAUGGUGCAACAACAAUGAAUUUUGCAGAGGCAGCUUUGCUUAUUCAGGGGUCGGCAUGUGUAUACAGUAAAAAGGUGGAAUACCUUUACUCUCUGGUGUAUCGAGCCCUGGACUUCAUUUCAAAUAAAAAGCGAGACAAACAAGCACCAUCUGUUGGACGGGAUGGUGUAGAUAAUGAUGCCACUUUUGCAUACAGAAAUGAUGAUGAGGAGCUUCUCUCUUUGGAUGACAUUGGCGACAACAGCAAGACAAAUUGUGAGCUCAGAAAAGAAAUUGGUUCCAAAACAUUGACAAUAGCUCCUCUAACUCCCCUGGCUUUGAGUCCACCAGACGAAGAAAAUAAAAUAAAUCUCCUCAGCAACAAAUGUGAGAUUCUAGCGAGCUACAGUGAUUUUCGUAUGCAUAAUUCCACUCCCCAUGGAAAUGGGACCUUCCUGCUGGUUGCUGCUGGAGAUACUUCCCAGUCUUUAUGGAAUUUACAGAUAAACCACAAAGAUAAUUCAGUAGUACAUGAAGAUGCCAUGGAUGUCAACAGGAUGGUUCUACAAGAAGUGAGUGACCAUGAGGCUUUAGAACCAGCUCUGAAUAUCUCUGGAGAAGAUGCAGGGCAAGCUUUUGAUCCACAAGGAGAUGACAAUGAGAUGGAUGUGGAAGUUGGACCAGUGCAUGACAUACACAUUGAGCGACAUCAGAUCUCUGGUGAUAGACGCAUGCUAAGGGAACGUCCUCCUGUGCCAUCUGAAAACGAGAAGGAUAAAGUACUGGAAAUUCUGGACCCGUGGAAAAGUCUUGAUCCUUUCAAAGCCUCUGAAGACAAGCCCUUAAAGAAAGGCAGAUAUUAUAUAAUCCCUCAGCGUGUUCAGGAAGUAGAAGGAAAUAAGAGAAAAAGAAAAGUUCCUAAUAAGCUAUUGGAUUUCCUGAAGUGGUUCUCUGGAGUGUCUUCUGAAUCCUCUGGCCGGAAGAUUAAGAAGGGACCUACAUUUGCAGACUUGGAGGAGUUGCACUGCAAGCAAGUGAAAGAAAAGCUAGCAGCACAAAAAAUGUUAAAGAGGAAAACAGGAACUAUAUAUUUUGAAAAAUGUAAUGAGCUGCAAAACAAAGAACUGGUUAAUGCAGAAGAGCAAAAUGAAGCUGAAGAAGUUCGACAUGACGAUUACCUAGACAAUGAUGAAGGGGGUGAUUUUUCGGAUCACGAGGACUUUGCCGAAGACUGUCCUGCACAGAGAGCGGAAGACCUGGAGGUGGUUGCAACAGCACCUGAAAGAGAAGGGUCAUCUUAUGAAGAUCUGAUCCUAAAACAUGUGGAACUAUUUAUUGCUGAGUCACAGAAGUAUGCUCAAGAGACAGCUUUGUCUCUAAAGAUAAAAGAAUGGGAAAACAAAAUGGGUCCCCACCUAACAGCACAGGAAGAAAGGUUAGCAUUUGACAUCCAUGACUAUGGGGGAAAGAUCAUAAGUGCCUUUGACAGUGUUGGAGAGAGGCGCACAUUUGCUUCAAUUGUGAAAGGGAAAGAGGAAUACGAGGUGUGCCGGUACAUGUUGGCAUCUCUGCAGCUUGCCAAUGACUACACUGUGGAGAUACAUGAAAAAACAGGACUGGAAGAAUCUCUUGAUUCAAUGGCGCUUACACUGCUUAGCAAACGGCAAGCCCAUGAAAGAUUUAAAACAUACACCGCUCCUUCCAUUUCAGAGACGACAUAAUGAUUUCGAAACUUUAUUUUCAAGACUGUGAGCAAAAAAAACUCAGGUUUUCCUAAUUUUCAUAGGUUUGGAAUCACCAGUUGUGUAUUUUAGUGCCUCCCAAUUUGGAAUCCAACUUAAUCAGCCUAAUAUUAUUUCUCCAAUCCUGGUAUGCCAUGGGGGGGGGGAAACCAGGCCCUUUAAGUACACUUCUUCAACGUGGACACAUAUUGGGACUGUUCAUCAUGGCAAAUGCAGCUGCACAGUGUCAUGCAGGUGUCAUGGGAAGAGGGAUCCACUAUCGCUGACAAUGCUGCAAACUUGUAGGCACACGUCAACACCUAGGAGGUACUGCCGUGCAGCAGGCUGAGGAAGUCCUGACCAGGCCCUGGUGACUCUUGGUCAACUGCGCAUAGCCAUUGGGGAUCCUGGCAACAUCCAGCUAAGGACAUAACCCAGACACCAAGCAGUGACAUCUGGACUAUGGGGCUGUACUGGGUGAACCUCUCAUGAGCCUAGGUUUUUAUUUCUACUUUUCCUAAAACUUUUUGCUCACCUGAAUUUGACUUUUUUUUAGUUGUCUGUAAAAUGAAAUGACUUGAUAUAAAAUAAAGCUACAGCAAAAGCAACAUUUAAUCAUUGAUUUUACUCCCACAAUGAACAUUUAUCUAAACUGAUAAAUUUUUCGGCAUGGUAUGCAAUUGAAAGCAUGCAAUAGAAAAAGGUUGAAGUUAUUUUGACUGUUAUCAAGUUGUUAUAGCUGCUUUUAGAAAUAUAAGCAUCAUUAGUUACAACUGAAUUUCUUUCAGCAUUUGAAAUCCUGUCUCAUGUUAGUUUGUUAGAUUUUGGACAUCAGUUCUAAUGCUGUAAAAAAUGUUGAUGCGUUGUUUGUAUAAUUUGGUUUCAUGUAAGUUAGGAACUAAGCAAAUCUAUCAAGUACACAGUGUUUUGCAGUACCCUUUCUCUGCCCUUCUAUCUUUUAUAUACAGUAUAUAAAAUGUAAUGUAUUCAUGUAGGAGCCAGAUAUUCUUGUAAAAAAAUACUUAACAAUGGGAUUACAACUUUCCAAAAGUAUCAUUUUCAGCACUGGGUAAAAAUAAAAUUGUUAUAUUGACUUGAACCAACUGUCUUUGAACACCGUUUCAAAUGAUUAUGUUUAGAGAAUUGUUAUUAAGGAUAACAAUAUUAAAUGUAUCUCAAAAACCAGCCCUCAAAGUACAAUAAUCCCUUGCCAACUCUAAGAGUUCCACAAGAGAUAUCCACAACUAGCAAAGCCCAAUAAUGCAAUAAUGUACAUUAAUAUACAAAGAAAACAUGAGAAAUUAUACUUGUAAAGGAGGCAGGGAAAGAAUUAAAUCAGACCACAUGGUUGCCGUCUUUCCUCCUCUUGUGAAAAGCAUGCAUCACAUUGGCCUCCUAAUAAUCCCCAUUUAUGAACUGGCUUCAUCAUUGUUCUCCUCCCCACUGAUAGCU